CCCCUCCAAGAUGCCUACCAAGAAGACCAAGACCAGGAAACUCCGAGGGCACGUCAGCCACGGACAUGGUCGUAUCGGCAAACACAGAAAGCAUCCUGGAGGUCGUGGUAAUGCUGGUGGCAUGCAUCACCACAGAAUAAACUUUGACAAAUACCACCCAGGGUACUUUGGUAAGGUGGGCAUGAGACACUACCAUCUCAAGAGGAACACAGUGUACUGCCCCACUGUCAACCUGGACAAGCUGUGGACGCUGGUGAGCGAGCAGACCCGGCUCAACUAUGCCAAGAAACCUGAAGGCCCCGCUCCCAUCAUUGAUGCCGUGCGCGCUGGCUACUUCAAAGUGCUGGGCAAAGGCAAGCUGCCCAAGCAGCCAGUGAUCGUCAAAGCCAAGUUCUUCAGCAGACGUGCCGAGGAGAAGAUUAAAGCAGUGGGAGGAGCCUGUGUGCUGAUGGCAUAAGCUCCUGUCAAUGUUUUUUGCAAGAAUAAACUGUGUAAAU